AUGGGAUUGUGCUGUGGUGGAACAGAUCGUGUGACAAAACAUUCUAAAGAAGAUAUUCAGCAACCUGCGGAAAGCGAACCACUUAAAUAUGAUCCUGACUUCAAAGGACCUUUAUCGAAACGAUCGUGUACGGAUCUUCCCUGUUUGUUUUUAUUCGUCACUUUUCUGUGUGCCUGGGGUUACGUAGCAUACUAUGCUGUUCAACAUGGUGACUUAAAUCGACUGCUCGUGCCGAUUGAUUCUGAUGGACGGAAAUGUGGUGUUGAUAGCGAAGUGCGUGAUGAACCAUAUCUUGUGUUCUUUAAUAUUACCGAGUGUGCCAAAAUUGAUGUGCCAAUAUCCGGUUGUAGCACUACACAGGUGUGUGUUAAGCAAUGCCCAACUGAAAAUUUUGAUUUCGAAACCGCAAAUUGUAAUCCUUCAAAUCUUAACGACAUUCGCACAAAAUUGAUAUGCAAACAAAACGUGAAAAAGACUGACCUAAAGACAUGUCAAAUUAUUCGAGAGUACAUAAAAAACGAGAGAUGUGCACAAACAGUUCAACAGAGUACCUCAUUGGCAAAUCGAUGCGUAUCUAACAUUCCUGAAGCGCAAUGUGCACUCGUGCCCAAGCGAUUCCAACAGCAGACGGGUGCCAGUACCAAAUUGCACCUUUCAUCUGAACAAUGUAAAGAAAAACGUUAUCUUGAAAACAUGUUGGAAGAAAAAAUUACUAAACUACAAUCCUUUCUGGCAAGAUAUGUGAAUAAUCUCAUAUCCGUUGUAACGAAUGACAAUAGCGUGCAUCAGACAAGCCAAAUGAUUGUGGAAGAUAUAUUGGAGUCGUGGCGCAUGAUAUUGGUCUUCGUCGCAUGUUCUGUGCUGGCUAGUUUGGUUCUCAUAACGAUGCUUCGAUGGAUUGCAAAACCAAUGGUUUGGAUUUCAAUUAUUGGCGUCAUUGCAGCACUCAGCUACGGUGUGUACUACAGCUUCCGAGAAUACCAGAGCAUUCGUGCCAAUCCUGUUGCAGCGCAUGUAAAUGUGUCUCCAAAUCUCAGUUCGCUAGUAAACUCUUGGUUUAAGUCGGAUCAAACCUGGCUUUGGAUACUUAUUGCCCUAUCGAUUGUUCUGAUUGUGCUACUCCUGGUUGUGUUGGUUCUGCGCAAGAGAAUUGUUAUAGCAAUAGCGCUUGUGAAGGAGGGUAGCAAGGCUGUUAGUGCUAGUUAUUCUACAGUGUUUUUCCCCCUUGUACCAUGGAUCCUGCAGGCUGCCGUUAUUGUGUUUUCUUUGCUGGUUCUGUUGUUUUUGGCGUCCAUUGGCGAUCCCGUGUUCAAAAUCAAUGGACUAAACACAUCAAUUACUUGCUUGUGCAGCAACGGAUACAAGGAAGGGGACAUUUGCGAUCCUGUCGUAUUCAACGAAAAUUGUAAAGAUACUAGCAGAGCACAUGACCAAGGUCGAUGCAUGGAUGCCGCGUGUCACUUUCAGGAGGUGGAUAGUCCUUCCAUAGUAGGAUACUUUCAUGCUUUGAAUGUGGUUGGAUUUUUCUGGUGUAUUUGCUUUGUAUCUGCGUUCAGUGAAAUGGUGUUAGCGUUUACGUUUGCCACAUGGUACUGGACACGGCAGAAGUCCCGCCUGCCAUUUUUCGUUCUAACGCGUGGUGUCACUAGAACGAUUUUCUAUCAUCUGGGCACGCUAGCGUUCGGUUCUUUAAUUAUUGCCAUCUGCAAAAUUAUCCGAGCCUUUCUCGAAUAUGUAGAUCACAAUCUAAAACGCUACGACAAUGGAGUGACGCGUGCCAUUUUAUGCUGUUGCCGUUGUUUCUUCUGGUGUUUGGAAAGCUUUUUGAAAUUUUUGAACACGAACGCGUACAUCAUGUGUGCAAUUUAUGGUAAAAACUUUUGCUCUAGUGCAAAAGAUGCUUUCAGUCUGCUCACGCGUAACGUACUGCGAGUAAUUGCACUCGAUAAGGUGACAGGAUUCUUGUUUUUCUUGUCUAAGCUUCUGCUUGCUUCCGGUAUGGCAGCCAUAACGUACACAUAUUUCGAUAGUAAUCUGCCGAAAACACCACUAAACUACCCGUUCGUACCAGCUGUGUUUGUGUUCAUUGGAACAUACAUUAUUGCAUCCAUCUUCUUUAGCGUUUAUUCUGUUGCUGUGGACACCUUAUUUUUAUGUUUUUUGGAGGAUAUCGAACGUAAUGACGGUAGUGCCGAGCGACCUUUCGUUAUGUCUAAAGGAUUGCUAAAAAUAUUGGGGAAAAAGCAAAAGUAA